AUGCAAUGGUUUGUAGAACAGAUACCGGGGGACGAAAGCGUCGACAAGAAGGGCGAAAUUCAAACACCGCCAUUGUGCACCGUGGUAUUGGCUAUGGUUAUGGAUCGACGAGAUCUCACUGGGACAUUGAACGAACGUGUUGAACAACGUCUGGCAAGAGAACAACAUCUUAUAUGGCUCCUGAAUGCUUUGAAUGCUUUUCUGCACUGUUCUUCACCCAACAUUACGUCGAAGCGCGAUCCUAGCGAUUAUGCCCACGUGUCGUUUGCCGUUGUAUACAACAUAGGAGAAUCAGCUAUCAUUGCCCUGUUGGAGUACCACCUCAAAAAGCGUAUUCGACAUUCAUCAGCUGCUGAUGUUGGUGAGUACAAGUUAAUGAUACUGAUGAGUCUUUAUCGCAGAGAGCGGAGGCGAAGAAUGGCCAGACGAGGUGACAUGAUCUCGUGA